GCAGCGUGGUACGUUGCAUUCGUUGAUAUAAUCAACCUCGUCAACCACCUGCCCGCCCACCGACCACCUGUCCUCGACCCUCAGCUCAACCUCACACCCUUUGACUCUGCCUACCAUGUCCGUCACUUCGAUCAACAACAAGCCCCUCCCGGCCUCGGCCCACGUUUCCACCAAGUCGCAGCCUGCCCACAAGGCUCACAAGGCCGGCGACCUCAGGUCAGAGACGAGGACGAGCCAGUACAGCAAUUUCUGGAACAAGGAUUCCGCUCAGGACACCGAGGCCGACAAGGGUAACAGACUGGACCAGUACACCGAUGUUGUCAACGGAUACUACGACGGAGCCACCGAGCUGUACGAGUACGGUUGGGGUACCUCGUUCCACUUUUCCAGGUUCUACAAGGGAGAGGGUUUCAACGCUUCGCUCGCUCGUCACGAACACUACCUCGCCGCUCAAAUCGGUAUCAAGGCCGGUAUGAAGGUCCUCGACGUCGGCUGCGGUGUCGGUGGCCCCGCCCGUCAGAUCGCCAACUUUACCGACGCCAGGAUCACCGGGUUGAACAACAACGAUUUCCAGAUCGCCCGGGCUCGAAAGUACACGGAAAAGGCUGGGUUGAGCCAUUUGGUCGAUUUCAAAAAGGGGGACUUUAUGAAGCUCUCGGAGCAGUUUGGGGAGAACGCUUUCGAUGCCGUCUACGCCAUCGAGGCCACCUGCCAUGCCCCGACCUUUGAGGGCGUCUACGGCGAGAUCUUCAAGGUCCUCAAGCCCGGUGGUGUCUUCGGUGUCUACGAAUGGGUCAUGACGGACCGAUACGACGCCUCGAACCCUCAACACAGGAAGAUCGCGCACGAGAUCGAGUUGGGUGACGGGAUUCCCGAGAUGAGGGGGUACGAUAACGCCAGGCAGGCGUUGAAGAGCGUUGGGUUUGUGAUCGAGCACGAGGAGGAUCUGGCCGAGAGGGACGAUCACGUUCCUUGGUACUACCCUCUCGAGGGUGACAUCCGCAAGGCCCAGACCUUGUGGGACGCCUUCACAUGCUGGAGGACUUCCCGAAUGGGGUCCGCCGUCACCCAGAACGUCGUCUGGUGCCUCGAAAAGUUCGGCAUGGUCCCCAAGGGAACCUACUCGGUCGGCGAGGACUUGAAGACGGCCGGAAACGCGCUCGUCGCCGGUGGACAGAGCAAGUUGUUCACUCCUAUGGCUUUGUGGAUCGUCCGAAAGCCCGCCAACUAAAAAUCUGAUCUAGGUCCAUCCUCUGAUCCUGGUCUGGUCUGUUUCGCUACUAAACCCAUGAACGAUACCCCUCUCCGGUUGCCUCGUCUCUCCUCAUCCUGCAUUCCCGGUCUCGGUUCUGCUCUGCGAUACUCUCAUUCUUGUCAUCUUCAUACUAGACGUCGUCACAUCGCCCCCUUGUCCUCGUGGAUAAAGGCGUUUUGCUU